AUGUUUUUAUACAAAGAUCCGUCAGGCAUGAUUGCUGGAAGAUCAGCCAACCGACUUUGCAGGAUUCCUUGGCAGCCCUCAAACUCUCGUUGUUCCAUCCGAUGUAGCUCCUAUCAUGCAACAGCAGCUGCUGGUCAGCCAGUUUGCUCUGAACUCAGUCUUCUUUAUCUAAAUAACAACCAACUGACUGAAUUACCUGUCUUCGUUGGUUCUAGCGAAUCAGAUUUGCAGUAUUUUCAUCAACCAACCCCCCCUUCACACAAUCCGAGUACGCCUUCGGCUACAAGACAACCUCAGGCGAGCCGGUUGGAGACGGCUGGUCGGACGUCCCCCCCGGAGGAUAUUUUGCACUUUAUGCAGUCGUCCGGGCGUUUAGUUGGCGGGCAGAUGCCCUCAGCCCCCACAUUACGCAUCUUGGCGCCAAGGCUGAAGCUUUUGGAUGCCGGGAACAAUCGGAUCACGGAAUUUGGUCAUCCAGGUGCCUAUCCCUUGCGAUUGAUGCGUCUCUCCUUGGCCGGCAACCUGAUUCGCCAUAUCAACCCUAUCUCCUCUCACGCAGCUUUGCCCGAUGCUGCUGGACACGGCCUUCUAGGCCUUAGUGAUGUUAUGCAGAGCAGCUUCAGAAUGCGAUGCAGCAGCCAAGACUACUUUAGAGAAUCCUUUGACGUUCCUCAGGCUUCCAUUCCUGUAUCGGUCUCUACGUCUGGCCCAUGGCUUAGUCCAACUUCCCCAUCUGCCUUCUCUUCAGCACCCACAACCAAAGUUGCAUCCCAUCAUUUGAUCGAUAGCAAACCCAUCUGGUUCCCUAACCUGCUUGAGCUGGAUCUGAGUGCUAACCAACUCGAUCGAUUUGAUCCUUACGGCCUAGUCUCGGUGAAUCGACAUGACGGAGAAAGACCUACUAGCCUAACACAAGAAGACAAUGAAACGACCGAAUGCUCAACGGUCGUCAGCUCAUGUACAAACAAGAAGCCUUCCGAUUUACUCUUGAUACCUGGUCAGCUACAACUAAAUCACGGUUCUGGGAGUCGUGUACGUCUACGCCAACGAGAUCCAAGUCUCCGGGUAUCUCAUUCGGCCUCCUGGCUGGAGUUUGGAAAUCAGGCGCGUUUUAUACCAAAAAAUAAGUCUUUUUCUUAG